AAAAAAUUUGCUCUGGUUCACCAUGCUGUAGAUGGAGUGACUGGGGACGAUGUGAAGCCUCGGGAAGAUGUUCUUCAACAUGUGGAACUGGAAAGAAAUAUGGAACUCGAACACGGACGAAACAAAUAGGGCUGGGCGAUUCCUCUAGGUGCAAUGGUCCCUCAAUCAAGCCUUGUUAUACACUUUGCGAGAACCCACCUUGCGGCUGUAAAUGGAGUAAUUGGGGACAAUGUAAAGCCUCCGGAAGAUGUUCCUCAACAUGCGGGCCAGGAAAGAGAUAUGGAACUCGAACUCGAACGAAACAAAUGGUAUUAGGAGGUCCACCUGAUUGUAUUGGUGCCUCAAGUCAGACUUGCUACACACCCUGUGACAAUCCACCUAACGGCUGUAGAUGGAGUAAUUGGGGACAAUGUAAAGCAACGGGAAGAUGUUCUUCAACAUGUGGACCAGGCCAACGAUAUGGAAUUCGAACGCGAACAAAACAAAAUGUCCCGGGGUGGUGUUCAAAAUGCAUUGGUGCCUCAAGUGAGACUUGCUACACACCCUGUGACAAUCCAUCUUACGGCUGUAGAUGGAGUAAUUGGGGGCAAUGUAAAGCAACGGGGAGAUGUUCUUCAACAUGUGGACCAGGUCAACGAUAUGGAAUUCGAACAAGAACAAAACAAAAUGUCCCAGGGUGUUCAAAAUGCAUCGGUGCCUCAAGUGAGACUUGCUACGCAACCUGUAACAAGCUACCUUGCGGGUGUAGAUGGAGUGACUGGGGACAAUGUCAAGCCUCUGGAAGAUGUUCUUCAACAUGUGGGCCAGGAAAGAAAUAUGGAACUCGGACUCGAACGAAACAGAUUGUAUUAGGAGGUCAACCAGUAUGUGUUGGUACCUCAAGUGAGACUUGC